AUGUCUGAGGUGGUUCGGAUCCAUUGCUACUCUUCACAGCCACGGGUAGUGAUCCGCGACUCAAACUCUCCGGACUUCCGGUUCCUCACUCUUCCUGUAGACAGUCAGGUCAAGUUCCAGUUGGUCAUGGGCCCCAACAAGUUGUUCUCCUUGCCUGUUGGAAAUAUUAAGUCCAUGGAGUUCCUCCUCGAUAACCACGAGUUGCCGUUCCUGGUGAAGCUGGCGUGUCACGAAGACCAUCAAUUCAAGAUCGGAACCACCCGAUGUAGCGCGAGCUUGUUCGGAAACCUUCUCAUUACGGAGAAGUACCUUGAACACUAUUACAUGAUGAACUGCAUUUAUGGAGCAGAUCCAAAGAUGAUCCCAAUAGUGAACCUCAUUUACCUGACAGAAAACCUGUCGAUGGCCUCUGUCACAGGCCUAAAGAACCGCCCUAAGGCGGACUAUGACGCGUAUAUGGGCAAACUGGACAAAGAAGCGGCGGGAUUCAUGUAUGACAGAACAAUUGGUAACCCAGAUUUCGCUGAGUACGAUACUCGCAAGAUUGACCCUAUGACGGGCGACGGAGGCAUACCUACUAUUGACCCUCCGGCAAUCCCCGGUCAGAUUUUGGAAGAGGAUGGUGACUAUAAUGAGAUUCCACCUGAGCUGCCGACCAGAUCAAAGCCCCAGUUGGAACCACAAUCAAAGGCAACACAAGAUCCGGUCCAUAAAGACCCGGCACAUAAAGAUUCGGAACAGAAAGAUCCGAAAAAUAAAGAUCCGACACAUAAAGAUUCGAAACAUAAAGAUUCGAAACAUAAAGAUCCGAAACAAAAAGAUCCGAAACAUAAAGAACCGAAACAUAAAGAUAAACCUGCAAAUGCGGAGAAGAAACCCGCGCCUGUGUGCGCUAAGAAACAAAGCCUCCUCCAGCAGUCCAGUCACCUCUUUCCGUGGCGGUGA